ACCGAAUUGAUGUGUUAAAGUCGUAAUGCCGGAUCCUGCAAUGGUGUUAUAAAAAUGUGUUAAAGAUAAUAUUUACAGAUUUUAUAAAUGUGGACCAUUUUGUCCAUCAGUUUUAAACUUGAUCACAUUCUUUUAAUGUCUUCUGGCUCACUCGUAGUUUAUUACGUAUGCCAGAACGACUUAACCUCAGCAAAAACAUGUUUUCUCCCCGGGAUUUAGGUAAAACAGAUUAUAUUAGUUUAAAUAUCUACGAUAGUGCGGCUUUCACACGGGGGACAUCGCGUAGCCUUUGGAGGCAAUGGAAACAGUUAUCAAGGUUUCAAAGAAAUAUUUUCUACUUUGCUAUUGUAACAGUUUUACUUGUGAUAUUUUAUCUUUUGCCCGGUGAAACCAAAAAUGCUAUUCUACAAAAUAACAGUGAUUAUAAUAAUGUUGAUAUAGUUCAAGAGACAGUUAAAUAUGAAAAGGUGCCGGAGGAUAUUGUUGUAGAUAAUGUUAAUCAACCUGCUGGUGGUGGUCAUGGUGGUGAUGUCAUUGAAGAACCAGAAUUUCAACCAGAGAUCAAUCAAGUAGAUGAUGAUCAAAUUGGGGAACCACCUCAACCCAAACCAAUUGCACUUAAAUUUGAAGGACCACAAAAUAGUAGACAAAGAGCAGUAGUUGCAGCAUUUAAACAUUCAUGGAAUGGGUAUAAACAAUAUGCUUGGGGUCAUGAUAAUGUUAAGCCGAUAUCAAAAAAAUAUCAUGAAUGGUUCGGCUUAGGACUUACUAUUGUGGAUUCUUUAGAUACUUUAUACAUGAUGGGUUUGAAUGAUGAUUUUGCAGAAGCUAAAUCUUGGGUUGAAAGUAGUUUAGUCUUCACCAUGAAUCGUGAUGUUAAUCUGUUUGAAGUAACAAUAAGAGUAUUAGGAGGAUUGUUAGCCGCAUAUCAUCUUAGUGGAGAGAAAAUAUUUUUAAAUAAAGCGAUCGAUCUGGGAGAUCGUAUGAUGCCAGCAUUUUCCACUAGAUCUGGUGUUCCAUAUUCUGAUGUCAAUUUAGGGACUAGAGCAGCACAUAGUCCUAAAUGGGGGCCUGAUAGUAGUACUAGUGAAGUAACUUCUAUUCAAUUAGAAUUUCGUGAUCUAAGUCGUAGUUCAGGACAACCUAAAUUUGAGGCAGCUGCUGCAAGAGUCUCAGAACAUGUGCAUCAAUUAGAGAAACAUGAUGGUUUAGUUCCAAUUUUUAUCAAUGCCAACAAUGGACAAUUUAGAGAAUAUGCGACAAUUACCUUAGGAGCUAGAGGUGACAGCUAUUACGAAUAUUUAUUGAAACAAUGGAUACAAACUGGGAAGACCAUAGACUAUUUACGAGAUGACUAUUUAUUGGGCAUUUCUGGAACUAAGAAACAUCUAGUCAAAUAUACAGCUAUUAAUAAGUAUCUUUUUAUAGCAGAAUUGGUUGGUGCGCAUAAAGAUACAAGACCAAAGAUGGACCAUCUUACAUGUUACUUAGGAGGUACAUUAGCCUUAGGAGUCCAUCAUGGGUUGCCACAAGAACAUAUGGCUUUUGCAAAUGAUAUUGUCAAAACUUGUUAUCAAACUUAUGCAAUACAACCGACUUUUCUUGCUCCUGAAAUAACUUAUUUUAACAUCCAGAAAUUAGAAGGAGAUAAUCAAAUGGAUAUGUAUGUGAAAACAAAUGAUGCACAUAAUCUCCUACGACCUGAGUUUAUAGAAAGUCUUUUUUAUAUGUGGUAUUUCACAGGAAAUAAAACUUUCCAGGAUUGGGGCUGGCAAAUAUUUCAAGCAUUUGAAAAUUAUACUAAAGUGGAAAAUGGAUACACAAGCAUUGGAAAUGUUCGAAGUAUUCAUAACAUACGACCACAAGAUAUGACAGAAAGUUUCUGGUUCGCCGAAACUUUGAAAUAUUUAUAUUUGUUAUUUGAUGAUACCAGACAAUUAAUAGAUUUAGACAAAUGGGUAUUCAAUUCCGAAGGUCAUCCAUUGCCUAUAUAUGAAUCAUAAUACGAUGUAAAGAAAAAUUUAUAUUCGACAAAUUCGAAACUGUAUGUUUAAUUAGUUAAAUUCAUUUGCACCGAUUUAUUAAUCAUUAUUAUUAAAAAAUUGCACCUAAAAUCCAAUCAUAUGUAUUGGAUGCGAAAGAUUUUCAAAUUCUUUCGAUUGUCUAAAAAAUUUGUACAAAACCCGAGCAAACAUAAUAGCGUGUAUGUAAAGUAAACAUUUACAAAUUUAUUAUCGUAAAUAUUUCAUACGUUAUGAUUUAUGAAAAAUCAUAUCAUUGUUUAUACACAAUUACGUCUUUGACUUGAGUAGUGCCUAUCUAUGAUCAUCAGACGAUGAAAUGAACGAUUUUGUAAAUACUUUACUCUUUAUAUUAUAGAUCAUGAAGAUAAAAAGCAAAUUUUUCUUUCAUUUAAAUUGUUAACACAUCAAUUAUCAAACAAUUGUAAUCAAAACUACUUAUACACAAAAGUACUAUUCAUCUAUAGUGAGCACGUGCUUAUACUAUUUAUCUUAAAAAAGAAAAAAGAAGUACAUAUUCAUAUCUUAGAUUGUACAUUAAAAGAACAGUUUAUUAAAAAAAAAAAAAAAAAAAAAAAAAAAAAAAAAAAAAAAAAAAUCCUGUAAUCUUUUUAGCAAUAACAAUGUAAUCAUUUAUAGAAGUAACUUAAGUUAGGGUAUCUAGUCGUGAUUUACUAAUAUUUUUGUCUAUGAUUUAUCUAUUAUACAUUAUAUUUGCUUCAACGUUAUAUAUAUAUAUAUAUAUAUAUAUAUAUAUAUAUAUAUAUAUAUAUAUAUACAAACGGCCAAAAUUAUUAUAGUCAACAAUAGACAAAAAUGUACAUUAUUUACAUUGUAUGAAAAGCUUUUAUACAUAAGUAUAUGCGUGUGUAUGUGUAUAUAUAUAUAUAUAUAUACACACACACACACACAUAUAUAUAUACAUACUAGGAUAAUAAUUAUAAAGUCAUUAAUUUCAUAUGAGAAAAAAAAUAUAUAGAAAUAAGUAUUUCUUAAGACUAUAUUAUGCAUACAAACACAUAUACAACAAUUCACAAUAAUGUCGGUAAAAUAGAAUGCAAUCGAUAAUACGAAUGAUAUACUUAUCAAUGGCACUCAAAUUACUCAUUUUAAUAUUAAAUAUUUACAUUUUAUAUUAUGUAUUAUGAAAAUUAACCUUUAUAGUACAUGUGUACGUAUAUGUUUUUCAUAAAACAUAUUCUUUAUUUUACAAUGCGAGAAUACAAUGUAACUAACAUAACACUUCUUCUUUGAAAGAAUUUCUUAUCGUAAAAUCUCUAAGUGUAAUCUUCUAAAAAAAGAAAACAAAAAAAAAAAAAGUAAAAGAAUCGUCAUAAAAUGGCACAGUCACAACAUUCAUGCGUGUAAUAAAGACAAUUAAUAAGACAUUCCUCGCAUUUGUUGUCCUUCGACGAAUGACUCCCGGAGUCGAUAUCAAAUUCGACUUUUCUUUGACUUUUUUGAUUUUCCCAAUGUAAACCUUGUAAGCCCAUAUUUGUAUUUGAUGGUGCUAUCUCGAUUGCAUCAUAAUCUAUGCUUCGAUUUUGUGACAUUGGCGUUGAUGACGGCAAAGUCGAUAAUGACGAGGACGGGAUUACCGACGCAGUAGCCAUCGUUGUUUGGGAGUGAACUUCGUUCGGUUGCUCGUAUUCAAUGCUCUUUUUCCUGUUCUCAGCCAUUUGCAUCGAAUUGUUUGGCGAUGUUACUCUGAUUAUACAAAUCCAAAAAUUAUCCUUUUUUUAUCUUUCUUUUUCUCUCCUUCUCUUUCUCUCUUUCUAUCUUUCUAUCUCUUUCUCAUGCAAAUUAAUUAUGAACGAAGACAAGCUUAUAAAAAAGCUUCAAUGAACUUACUUGUAGCUGCCGCGUUCAGGAAAUAUACGCUUGAGAGACAUCUUUGAUGUAUGAAAAUCGCGGGAAAUUUGAAAAAUCGCUUUCGAAUUUUUUUGUUGAAAAGGACCGAACAAGAUUGAGACAGAGUGUCGUUGAAUAUGGAUCGAUGAAAAAAAAAUUAAUUCUCAGAAACUUAGAGAGACUCUUUCUCUGUGGUAUGAUAAAGGUCUAACUGACGAUAUUCUCAUACACACAACAACAUUGUGACAAAAGAAAGACGAAAUUAGGAAAACGGAAACGACUGCCAGUGCCUUCAUUUGUUUGUUUUUCUUUUUUUUUCUUCCGUAAUUUCGUUAGACAAAACAAUAACACAUCCACAUAUGUCCUUUCGUAAUUUGAAGGGUCAUUGUAAAUCGAUUGUUGAAUAUUUCUAUUCUUUACUAUAGAAAAGUGAUCGAAAAUAUUUCUAAGAAACUUUCCAAUUGAAUAUCUAAAUUAGCUAAAUUUAUUAAUAUCUACAUAGUUAAAAUUAUAUAUAUUAUAUAUAUAUAUAUAUAUAUAUAUAUAAAAUCAUAUAUAUAUAUGUAUGUAUGUAUGCAUGUAUAUUUGUAUAUCGAAAUAAUUUCAACUAACGACGAGCCCAAUUAAUAGGACUUACUAUUUUCAUUUGACGAAUAUCUCUUUUUGUUCUUUUUUUUUUUUUUUUUUUUUUUUUUUACUAAUCAUGCGUUCGGAAACAUGAACA